UGAUUCAAUGCCUACUUUGUGUCAAUAUGUGCACUUAUGCCACUGCUAGCGAACGUACUAUUUGAGACUUUUAUUUGAAGUUUUAUUUGAAUUUUGUUAACAGACUUUGCAGUCAUAAAAAUUAUUUUUCAUUUUCAUGUCAAUAACGGAAUAAAUUUUACGUGUUGUAUAUUAAUAUGGAUGGUGUAGAAAUAGAUACCGAAUUACCGGGACCAUCACAAGUGUUAUGUAAUAAAAAGUUAGAGCAAGACCUUCCGGUUUUAUUCCAACUAACAUUGAAAGGGAAAUCCUGGCUGAAAUUUGAAGUGCUAGAAGCUAAUGAGGAUGUUGUCGAUAAAAACGCGAACUGUUGCCGACGUAAGGCUCGGAAAGCGGGGAAACAGACCGAAAAGAAAAGAAAAACCAAAAAUGGAAAUGGAGAUGGUAAACGAAAUGGAAAGCAGAAACAGAUAUCGCCGGAGGCAAAGCUCAAAACCAAAGGACAAACGUUACGGCAUUAGCUCAUACGAGAAAAACGAGCCGAGAGGAAAUGAACUGCGCAAAAGUAAAUAAAAAAAGAAAAAUUGCCCUCAUCCCACAUACGAAAGAAUAAGAGAACUGUCACUAUGAUGUCAAACUAAAUAAUCUAUGGUUCAUUAUUAAAUACACAAUAUUUUUAUGCAUUUGUUUUUGUGAAAACGGUCAAGAGCUUUUUGUAUUC